GAGCGGGUCGCGUGGGCGCGUUUGACCGCUGCGCAUUGCACCGGCGCGAGCAAGAGGACGCAUCCUCCGCCGCGGCGGAAGCACGACGUGUGCAGCACUCGACGCCCCAUGACCCUGCGCGAGUGGCUCCCGACCGCGGGCGAGGUCGCGGCCGACCUGGCGCACGUGCCGGAGCUGCCCGCCGAGUAUGACGCGUGGACGGCGCCGUGGCGGGGCUACGAGCUGCACUUCUACUCGCUGGAGCGCGUGCGCUUCUUCAACGGCUUCGCCUGGAGCCGCGCCAGCGCGCGGGCCUGGCACCUGCCGCUCGGCGCCGUCGCCGCCUACGCGCUGAUGAUCCCGCUCCUGCGGCGCGUGCGGCGGCGGGUCGAGCUCCGCGCCUUCGCGCAGUGCUGGAAUUUCGGGCUCGCGCUCUUCUCCGCGAUGGGGUUCUGCGCGUGCGCGCCCGUGCUGCUCACGGAGCUGUACCGCAACGGCUUCUACUUCACGUGCUGCGCGCCGGCGCCCUGGUACGGCGGCGGCGUUUGCGGGCUGUUCGUGGCGCUCUUCAUCUACUCGAAGUUCGCCGAGCUGGCGCCGCCGCGGCGUCCCGACGAAGCGCGCGCCUUUUUUCGCCGCGAGGUCGCGCGCGCAGGUCGACACCGCCCUCAUCUUGCUGGCGAAGCGCCGCCUCAUCUUCCUCCACUGGUGGCACCACGCGACGGUCCUGCUCUACUGCUGGCACUCGUACGGCACGCAGAUCGCGACCGGCCUGUGGUUCGCGACGAUGAACUACUUCGUGCACGCGCUCAUGUACGCCUACUACGGCUGCAUGGGCGUCGAGCGCCUGCGGCCCCGCGUCAAGAAGCGCGCCAUUUUCGUGACGCUGCUGCAGCUCGCCCAGAUGGUCGUCGGCAUCGGCGUGACCGUCCGCGCCGUCCUGUACCAGAUCGAGGGCGAGGAGUGCUCCGUGAACAAGACGAACUCGAUCCUGGGGCUGGCGAUGUACUCGUCCUACUUCGUCCUCUUCGGCAUCUUCUUCGUCGACACGUACGUCCGUUCCUCGUCCAAGGCCAAGCGCGCCUAAUUAUAUUCCAAGUUAUCACACCUUAUUGA